AUGGCUCACAUGUGGCACGGCCCGUUUCGGGUGAUCGAGAAGUGCGGGGAACAUGCAGUGCGGUUGGAGGUACAAGGGACCCCAUACCAGUUAUUCCCACGCGUUCACGUAUCCAAGCUGAAGAUAGUACGGAUUUCCCCUGAUCGACCUGCUGCGCAGCUGGAGGUGGAAGAAACAGAGCGUGUUGAUUUUGACGAAGAUCUGCUUCCAGAGGACAGCUGGGAAAACGAUCUAGCCGAAGGAGAAUACGAGGUGGAUAGUAUCCGAGAUGUGGGAACAGGACGAAAGACUCGGUACGGAAGGGUACACCUACAGUUCUUGGUCCGAUGGAAGGGUCAUAAGGAUGAGACUUGGGUGGAUGAGGAAAACCUCAAUUGUGGUGCUUUAUCGCAAGAGUUUGAACGUGAUCGAGCUAGGCGAAACCGUUUUUGA